AUGGUCAAGGAGGCGCGGCCGUCGUCGGCGGGCGGGCGGCGCAAGGGCCAGGUCAAGGCCUGGGAGCCCGAGCGGCCGAGCAGCGCGGACCGCAUGAACGCGACGUGGGGCGGCAAGUCGCUGGGCCCGAGCGUCGCGUCCCUCGCGCGCGCGGAGAUGGCCGCGCGGGAGAAGCGGGGCCUGAAGCAGGAGGUGCUCCACCAGCUCGCGUUGAAGGGCAACGCGUCCCUGAGCAGCGGCUCCAAGGUCGGGACGAGCCUGGGGCCGUCCGCGUCGUCCUUCUCCGACGAGGUCCGGUGGAAGCGCGCGCGCGAGGCGUCCUGGGCCGAGAACCUGACGUCGCGGGGCAUCCCGGCCUACGACGCCGCGCGGGACAAGCACUGCAAGUUCUCCAAGUCGAGCGCCUUCAAGCGGUCGCCCUACGGCCGCGCGGCCGAGGCCGCGGCGGCGAAAGAACUCAAGCGCCUCGCGAAGCCGUCCGCGUCGAAGCAGCGGCACCCGACGCGGCGCAACUCGGACGUCAACGGCUUCGCCAUGACGGCGCAGGCCUACGGCGAGGCGGCGCGGCGCGAGGUCGUGGCCAUGUACAACCGCGCCGCGAAGGAGGUCACGCGGCGCGAGCUCGCGCUGGACCGCGUGUUGGACGAGUUCGACAAGCACAAGACGGAGGAUCUGGUGGACGGCGAGGGCCGCGACUUCCGGCCCCAGAUCCGCCUGGCAUCCCGGGAGCUGCGGGACCGCACGCUCGGCGCCGUCGAGGCCGUGCUCGACUGGCGGCGCGCCGUCGAGGACUUGGACGACGUCCGCGACGACGUCUCGGGCGCGCCGCCGCCCUUCCUCUGGGAGGGCCAGAACUACCUCGUGCGCCUCGCGUCCGCCGACGACGUCGAGCAGUUGCUGCUGAGCGUGCCCAAGUUCGGGCCGGGCGUCGGCUCCGACUUUGGGCUCGAGACGGUGCCCGUCAAGCGGAACCCGCUGCUCCUCGACGUCGACGUCGACGGGUUGGCCGAGGAGGUCGACGGCGACGACCUGCCGGCGGACGCGCCGCCGGGCGCCGCCGAGGAGCGCGCGGCGUCGACGAUGCGGCGGUUGGAGCGGCUGCGGUGCCGCCGCGUCGCGCGCGCCGUCACCGCGGAGGAGCGCGCGACGGCUGCGGCCGCGUUGCGCGACGCCAUCGGCGGCGAGACGCCGGCAAGCUCGCUCGCGGAGCAGCACACCGUGGACAAGACGCGCCUGGUCCUAAGCGAGAGCGAGCAGAAGCGGCUGCGGCCGCCGACGGUCGACCCCGCGGAGCUCGAAGCGCUCGGCCACGACUCGCGGCCUCCCUUACCAGUCGUCGCGACGUUCACCUGCCUCCACCUCGUCCUCCAGCCCGAGGUCAUCUCGACGAACGGCCGGGGGCUGCCGGACGUGCACCGUUUGAGGAGUCGGCCCCUGCGCCACACGCUGCUGCGCGCGCCCCGGAAGCUCACGGCCCGUCUCAGCGCGUACGACCCGGGCCGGUGCCUGCCCCAGGAGGUGCUGGGCUUGCUCUGGCCCGUGCUCACGGCGGAGCGCUUCACGGCCGACGAGGUGCGGAGCCACUCCACGGCGGCGGGCGCCAUCUUCGAGUGGAUGCAGACGCUGGUGGUCUUCCAGUUCACGCGCGCCGCGGACGACAAGAUCGGCAAGGGCCCGCGCGAGGACACGAACACCCAUUUGAGAACGAACGCGGCCCAGUUCGGGAACCGCUUGGGCGUCGCGCGGGGCCGCGCCGCCGGCGGCGCGCCCGAGUACGCGAACCGCGUCGAGCCGACGAUCCGGCGGUUGAUCGAGGGCGACGGCGCGAACCUUCGCGCCGCGGACUACGAGCCCCUGAGCGACGAGUCCUUCGGCGACGACUCGGCGCCGGAGACGGGCAUCGGGUCGUCGAACCCCUUCGGGGACCGGAGCGGCCGCGGGGCCGCGUCGGUCGACGACUCGCGGACCAAAGCGCCCGGCGACGGCGAGGUCCGGUCCAUGCUCAGCGAGCUCUGCCGCGACGUCGCGGCGCUGAAGAACGAGAUGCUCAACGUGACGUCCGGCGGCGCGAGCGGCGCCCACGGCUACGCGUCGAAGCUCACGUCCUUCGGGACCAUGGUCCGCGCGGCCGUCGACGCCGCGGGCGGCCAGUCGGGCGACGGCGCGGACGACCUGCAGCUCCGGGGCCCCCAGACGGCGACGGCGCGGGCCGCGGACGCCCACGCCGAGUCCGGCGCCCUCGUGACGACGCUGCUGUUCGCGUCGCGGGACUUUUCUUUAGGCGACCAGGUCGUGGAGCUGACGAUCCACGCGGUCUACCGCGACGACCACGACUCCGCGGAGUACAAGCUGGGCCUCGUGUCGCCCGAGUACCUGCUGCUCCAGGUCGCGGACAAGGCGACGCACUUCGGGUGGCCCGCGCGGGCGCUGCCGGCCGUCGAGGUGGACCGCAUCACGGGCUUCGCGCCGUCGGAGAUCGCCGCGUUGCCCGGCGACGACGAGCGCCGCGGCGCAUUGAAGCCGCUGCUGAAGAUCCUGACGGCGAUCUCCACGAAGCUCGGCACGAACAAGCGCGGGCGGAAGAAGCGCAAGGGGUUGCUGAGCGCGGAGACGGACGUCGACGACCUCGAGGUCGUCGAAGCGGUCGCGAAGGACGAGGCGUCGGGCACGCUCGCGGGCCUCGCGGCGCGCGGCGCGGGCCCCGCCGCGGGCCACAAGCGCUGGCAGCAGCUCGCCGUGCCCGCCGUCAAGGACGGCGUCCUCGAGCGGUCCGAGCGCGUCAUCAACUCCGUGCAGCUCGACGUCGUCCUCUCGCGGCCGCUCGGCCCGGCCGGCGACGCGGACUGCACCGUGUCGCCCGUGACCAUGGCGACGCCGACGCGCCUCCAGCUCCACGUGACGGCGGCGCCGACGGCGCGGGAGCGCGAGAACAUCGACGCCCACGGCCUGGACCCCAUCGAGGUCAUGCACCUCGACGCGUACGACAACGAGCUCCAGCUCCUCCUCGUGCACCAGCCGGGCCUCUACGAGCGCUCCCGAAGCCGCUGGGCCGCGCUCAACGCCGUCGCGUCCUGGAUCGUGGCGCGCCUCAGGUUCGAGCGGCGCGCGCGCCAGUGGCACAAGGCGACGUCGGAGUCGCCGGACCCGCAGCUGAAGAACCGUUUGCUGUUGGACCGCGCGAUCCCGCUGCCCCCCUCCAUCGCCCAGCCGCCGCCGCUCCCGGCGCCCUGCGUCUUCACGGCCAUGCAGGAGGGCGACACGCUCGUCGUCUCGCUCCAGGCCGCGGGGCCCGUGGGCGAAGCGCAGAAAGAAACGCCGUACGCGACCGUCGCGCUCCACAUCGACGAGGCGCGCGCGCUCGCCGCGCCGCCGCGCAACGCGCCGCGCUGCGACAAGCACAUGGGCAUGCUCCAGUCCCUGCGGCAGCGCAUCACCGUCGAGUGGCUCAAGGCCGACGCGCUGGACUUCUUCGCGUGGCGCGGCGACGGCGACGCGCCGACGUCGCAGGGCUCCGCGGUGCUCCACGUGGACCGCGUCGUCUACCAGGAGGUGCGGCGCGUCUCCGGCGUGUCCCUGACGCUCCAGGCCGUCGUCCAGGGGCGGGAUCUGCUCUUCCAGGCGGCGCUCGUGGGCCCGCCGCCCAAGGUCAUCGGCGACGCGGCGCCCAAGGGCUCCGACGACGAGGACAGCGAAAACGAGGACUCCGAGGACGACGAGGGGCUCGCCCUCGUCCCCGCGGCGCCCCAGCGCCGGCGCAACCAGGCCGUCCGCGCGAAGAAGCCGCCGCCGCGCGCGGCGUCGCCGGGCUCGGGCGACGACGACGGGCCCAAGGCGCCGUCCUUCGACCUGACGCGCCUCAUCCCCGAGCGGGAGAUGGUCGCCCUCGUCGGGUCCGAGCUCGGCGAGUCGAAGCGGGCGCUCUUCUACCCGCACUACCGCGGCGCGCUCGCCGCGAUCCUCGCGACGAAGCUCAAGCUCGUGCAGAAGUCGGACAAGGCGCUGGAGCCCGGCGUCGACGUGCACCACGCCACGGCCCCGGGCCGGCGCUACGACCUCGAGACCAUGCUCGUCCACGAGAAGCACGUCCUGCCCGUGGGCGUCAACGGCUCCGCGAAGCGGCACCUCAUCGGGUCGCUCAAGAUCGACGACUCGACGACGCUCGACGACGCGCGGCGCCUCAUCGCCCUGGAGUUCGACGAGGAGGACGUGCCGCCCCACUUCCGCUUCGUCUACCGCAACGCGCCCUGCGCGAAGAAGCAGGAGAAGUACCGCUACGCGGUCGAGUGCCGGCCCGCGCUCGUUUUAGCCAUGCGCCUCGGCGCGGACCUCAACGAGCGCGACGACGACAGCGACGAGGGCGGCGCGUCCAAGCGCAGGCGGCGGCGCAAGCGGGGCAAGAAGGUCAAGGUGCGCGGCGGCUACGACUGGGAGAACGAGUCGGACGACGAGCGCCGCGCGAUGCGGCGGGAGCUCGCGCGCAUGUCGUCGAUCCUAGAGUCGGGCGGCACGGAGUCCAUGGUCUUCGACGCGAGCCGCGAGAGCCUCGCCAAGGGCUCGGGGUCGAAGCGGCGGCGGAAGAAGCGGGGCCGGAGGAGCCGCAUGCUCUCCAAGGUCCGCGGCGCGUUCCGGGGCCGCGACAAGGGCAAGAAGAAGGAGGAGUUCGUCGACGACGACGCCGCGCAGCCGGCCUUCGAGCCCGCGCUCGCGGACUCGACGCCGCCGCCGCUGGAGAUGGUCGCGGUGCCCCUCGAGACGACGGCGUCGACGAAGCAGGAGUCGCGGCUCGUGACCUUCAACGACGACCUCUUCCAGUUCGACAUCACGUCCGCGGACCUCCUGCGCCUCGGCAGCCUCCACGGCCGCGACUGGGCCAUCGAGGCGCGCGAGGAGUGGGCGAAGGUCGCGGACGUGUCCGACGAGCUCGUCGACCGCGCGUUCGUCGACGACGCGGAGGAGCGGCGCCAGACCGGCGCCGAGGAUCUGAGUCUCGGCUACGAGGACAACUGCGUGCCCAUGCUCGGCACUGUCCUCGUCAUCGCCGAACAAUACGACUUCCACACCGCGGCGCCCAAGGAGCCCCAGAAGAAGAAGAACAAGCUCCCCGGCGAAAAGGCCAAGGAGAAGAAGGACGGCGAGAAGAAGGGGGCCGCGUCGAAGAAGGAGGAAAAGAAGGAGGACGAGGAGUCCAUCGUGACCAUCGCCGAGGGCACGGCCAUCACGGAGCUGCCCGUGUACAAGAUGAUCCCGAAGGCGCUGGACAUGCGGCCCAAGUGGCGCGUCGAGUUCGACGAGGGCCGCGUCAAGCCCCUCAAGGACUUCCACCGCAGCGACCUGAGCGCGACGAACUUCCGCGUGCCCCUGCGCUACGCGCACCUCGAGCGCUUGGUCGUCGACGUGCGGUCGCGCGCGCGGCAGAUCCACAUGCAGCGGAUCCACUAUUUCGAAUUGGUGAACCCGGACCAUCUGGUGGACGAGGUCUUCCACAUGCUCUGCCAGUGGUACCCCCACAGCGACGGCGUCGACGGCGCCAAGUGGGCCAAGUUCGCGCGCGAGAUGACGCUCGUGCCGAACAUCACGGACCCCGUGCGCGCGGCCCAGGUCGACAUCGCCUACAAGCGCCAGUUCAAGUCGUCCGACGGCAAGAUCCAGAAGGGCGGUCGGUUGGACCCCGCGGGGCUCAAGGAGGCGUUGAUCGAGAUCUCGUUCAUCCGCUUCCCCAUAUGGCAGGACCCGGAGAAGGAGGCCAAGGAGGAGCGGGCCAAGGCCGAGGAGGAGGCGCGGAAGAAGGCCGAGGAGGAGGACGUCGAGGACGCCGUCGAGGAGCCCAUUUUACAUAUUGAGCCCAAGGUCGAGCAGCACGACGACCUGAGUCUGGAGGGCGCGCUCGCGGGCCCCGAGGACGCGUCGCUCGUCACGGAGGACGAGGGCGUCGAGACGGCCGAGGGCAUCCACAUCAACACGGCCGACGCGCUCCACCACCGCCAGGAGGAGGCCGUGGACCCGGAGUGGCUCCGCGACGACACGCUCAUGCACCUGCUGCUGGAGCACGUCAUCAUGAUCCCGGAGGUGAACAAGCGCGCGUGGCGCGAGGCCAAGACGCUGGCCAUGCUCGACGAGGGCGAGCGCCAGUCCGCGGCGAUCCGCAUCCAGGCGCUCCACCGCAUGCGCUGGCAGCGCGCGGACUACCUCGUGCACCUGCACGCGAUCAUCCGCAUGGAGGCGUACGGGCGGCGGCGCCUCUUCCGCAAGUUCUACAACGACCGGCUGCACUACCUGAGCGUGUGCCGCUUGUACCGGUACCGCGCGUCGGCGGCGUUCCGGCUCCAGGCCUGGUACCGCUACUGCGCCAUCUCCCGGGACUACCGCGAGCGCGUCAUGGCCGCGAAGCGCGAGCACGAGGAGCGGUGCCGCCUGCGGCGCCUGGAGCAGCACGAGGCCUACCUCGUGCGGAAGCGGGCGACGGUCUUUCGACGGUGCAAGUUCGUCAACGGUACUUUGGUGUUCACGCGGAUCACGCGGCUCGACCCGUCGCGGGAGAUGGCCGUGCUCGACUACGGCCUGAAGCUGGAGGUCUACGUGCCCCAGACCCAGGAGACGUUCACGUUCCGCAUGAGCGAUUUGGAGGUGCGCCUGAGCAUCGAGGCGGCCAUCGGCGUCGACGGGCUGAGCGGCGACGAGAUCCUCGAUUCCAAAAACAUCUCGACGAUCGCGGAUCGUCUAUUGGUGCGCGUCAUCAACCAGCGGCCCAUCGUCAUCUUCACGCGGCGGGGCCACAGCGAGCGCGGCCGGCAGGUGCUGCGGCGGGGCAAGAUGGUCGACGGCCAGGUCUACGUCGUGUCCUGCUUCCACAGCGACGACGAGAUCGUCUUCCACGCGUACAACUACAAGAGCUGCGAGACGCUGCGGACGUCCAUCACGACCAAGUUCGUCAAGGAGUGGCUCACGAAGGACGAGGAGACGAAGCAGAACAAGGCGCGGUCCGAGCGGCUCGCGGCGAUCGUCGAGGCGAAGCGCGUGCUGCGCCUGCAGGCGACGGGCGUCGACGUCGAGCCCGAGGAACUGGAGAAGUCGAAGAAGAUCGUCGAGGAGGCGAACAUAGAAGCGGCGAAGGAGGCGGCGAAGCGGCCGGAGACGCCCGAGUCGCCGAAGCGCCAGCUGACGACGGGCAAGGACGACGAGGCCAAGGCCGACGGCGGCGGCGACGGCGACGCGGCCGCCGACGGCGGCGACGCGGGCCACCACGACGACGACAAGAAGAAGCCGCGCCUCGAGCACCCCUUCUUCCUCCCGGAGAAUCUCAUCAAGUUGCUCGAGUGGCUCAUGGAGCGGCUGCGGGUCGUCGUCUACCAGCGCGCGGGCGAGCAGUCGAAGCGCGAGCGCCUGGUGCUCGAGUACGAGCUCGAGGAGGUGCAGAUGGAGCAGGCGGCCAUGAGCCUCCAGGGCAUGUGGAAGAUGCUCCAGGCCAUGAAGCGCAUCCGCAAGAUGCUGCGGACGAACUGGGAGAAGCGCUGGGACCGCGACGCGGGCUGCUGGUUUUACGUGAACCUCAUGACGGGCGAGAUGUCGUGGGAGAAGCCGCGCAUGCUCGGCGCGCUGGACCUGCCGGACCCGCCGGACGAGUGGCGCACGAUGUACGACGAGUUCGAGGAGCUCUUCUACAUGAACCCCUACACGGGCCAGACGUCCUGGCUCUCCGUCGACGACGCCGCGCGCGCGCUCCAGAAGAGCUACCGCGCCAAGGCCGCGCGCGACUACGGCACGCCGUCCUUCGAGGACAUCGUCAAGGCGUUGCGCAUGCAGCGCGAGGUCGAGGAGAAGUACGAGGAGCACCCGGACCGGCUGAGCUCCAUGGUGAACUUCGGGCUGCUCCUCGCGACGCAGCGCUUCGACGUGCCGGGCGCGCGGAAGCUGUACAAGGCGGCCAUGGAGGUGAGCCCCGAGAACCCCGUGCUCCUGCGGGCCUACGGGAUCUUCCUCCUGGCCGUGCUCGAGGCGCCGCGGCUCGUCGUGUUCCGCAAGGCGCUGGACAUGUUCAAGAACGCGGAGCUGCGCGACGCGGGCCGCGAGCGGUUCAAGCUCGCGGAGGAGUCCAUGUUCCACUGGGCCGUCGUCGCCCAGCGCGACAACCCGCUGGCCCUGCUCAACUACGCGCUCGUGCAGCAGUGCCUCGUGCGCGACCUCGCGCGCGCGGAGCGCUUCUACCACCGCGCGCUCGGCGCGCUGACGGACGACGACCCCGCGCGCGACAACGUCGUGGAGAACUUCGAGCUCUACGAGGUCGAGCGGCUGCCGGGCGGCGCCUUCCACGACGACCAGCCGUCCAUCACGGUCGUGCGCAACUCGAAGAUCGCCGAGGAGCGGCCCGAGUGGGGCGAGUGGGGCCGCUACAGCCACGAGAACGAGCUCCGGCCCAAGGCCGUCUUCUACUUCUGGCUCAACCCCAUCACGAAGCGCGCGUCCUGGUCCGACCCGGACUGGCCCCUGGCCUACCAGCAGCGCAUCGCGCGGUCCCAGCUCAUCGGCGAGAAGCAGGGCUGGGAGCAGUACUGGGACCCGCGGCUCGACGCGGAGUUCUACUACAACGUCAUGGACCAGACGCUGACCUGCGAGGACCCCGUCGGCGGCCUCGGCCAGACGCCGCCGGCCCAGGAGUACGCGGCCAUCGCGCCGGACGCGCACGGCGCCGCGCCCCCGCGCGACCCCCACCUGUCGGCCGCGCUACAGCGCGCGUUGGAAGAGCUUGGGCUGUGUCCGGCAGCCCGGCGACCGACGAUGGACCCGGCGAUGCGGGAGGCGACGGUCGCCGUGCAGACCGCGCGGCGCGGCCGGUCGCAGGAGAAGCAGAUGACCAUGGAGGCCAAGGAGAAGGGUUUCAACAACCGGGCCCCGCUCUGGGAGCGGCGCAUCCCCGUCUACGACGCGCUGCGCGACCCCUACUGCCGCAUGUUCCAGGGCCCCGACGCCGCCGCGCCGCAGCUCCGGGCCGGCGGCGAGCCGGGCGACGACUUCGCCGGCGGCGGUGCGAUCCCAGGCGCCGCGGGCUUCUCGUCCGUGGCCGCCGCGUUCGACUUCGAGCACCACGCGGGCACGGACCCGGCGAGCGAGCUGCUCGUAUUAAAGGCGAUCCUGAACCGGGAGGCGUUGCUGUCGCGGCUCGAGGUGCUGGCCGAGGAUUUGGUGCGCCGCGCGCACCGCGCGUGGGCUUUACGGGAAGCGCCGCCGCCGCUCGACGCGCCGCAGCGGCGCGUGGCCGUGGACCUCAUGUCCAAGCUCCGGGACGCGACGCUGGGCGUCUGCGAGGCCAUCGCGCACUGGCGGUCCGCGUCGGCGGCGCUGGCCGCGGAGGUCGCGCGCGAGGAGAGCGGCUUCGCGCCGGAGAGCUACGAGACGGGCGGCUUGGAGCACGCGUUCCUAUGGCACGGGCGCAACUACGCGCUGAAGAUGGCCGUGUCCGACAUGGACUUUGUCGGCGCCAUCGAGCCCCUCGCGGAGGCUUUGGGCGUCCCGUCGGCGAAGAUGCGGCGGAACCCGCUGAUGCUGCCGCGGACGUUGGACGAGGCGCGCGCGGACGGCGCCGGGUCGCCCCUCGGCGGCGCGCCCGAGGAGGACGAAUUGGCGACGGACGCGCCCGAGGACCCGCGGCGGCGCGAGAAGCGGCGCUUGGAGGCGGCGGAGCGCCUCCUGCUCGACGAGGAGCGCCUCGAGGCCGCGCUGCGGCAGGAGAUGGUCUUGGCGGGCGCGCCGCCGGAGGUCGUAUCGGAGUCGCCGCCGCGGCGCGGGUCGCUGCCGGCGAUCCCGGCCCAGGAGACGAGCCAGGGCGGCCACCUGCGGGGCAUGGCGGCCUUCGCGGCGGGCGCGGUCGGCGAGACGACGUGGGCCGGCGGCGCGGUAGCCGCGCGCUUCGGCGCGCUGCCGCCCGGCCCGCCGGCGCCGGCGACGUUGAAAUCCUCCGCCGACGCCGGCUGGGGCCCGCGGAAGCACGAGCUCGUCACCUGGUUCGACGAGGCCCAGGAGCAGCUGAAAAAUUUACAGACCAAGGCCGCGUUCGGCGACGCGGGCCUCGCGCCCAAGACCCAGGCCCUCCUCCGCGCGGCCGCCUCGACGAAGCGCCGCGCCAAGCCCAAGCAGCUCAAGCCCCUCAAGGCGUCCGUCUCGACGCAGCCGUCCGUCGCGACCGCGGACAGCGGCCACCCGUACAUCAAGGAGGCGACGUCCGCGAACUACAGCUUGGAGCGGUCCGCGCCCCACGCGGAGCCCAAGCCCAUCAAGCGCAAGCCCCGGCGCGGCAAGAAGAAGGGCGUCGCCGCGGCGACGCCGACGAAGUUCCGCCCCGGCCGCGCGACGUUCGGCGACGAUGUGGUCGCGGCGCCGUCGCCCGCGGGCUACCUCGCGUCCGCCGCGCCGUCGCCCGCGCGGGCCCCCGGCGCCACGCCGGCGGCGCUCGAGUGCGCGCGGGCCGCGCGCGACUUCGCGGAGACCGCCGCGGGCCACGUCCUCCCGUCGGACCUGUCCGUGCUCGCGGAUCUCGACGCGCCGACCGAGGGCCUGGCGCUCAUCGCCGCGGCGACGCUGACGUUGAUCGACGGCGGCGAGGGCGUGCCCAGCGACGUGCGCUGGCCGACCUUCGUCGCCCUCGUCGACGGCGACGCGGCGGGCACGGCGUCGAAGCUGCGGUCGCUCGAUCCCGAGAGCGUCGCGGCGUUCAAGCGCCGCGCGCUGCACCGCUUCCUCGACGCGGCGAACCGGGAGGCGCGCCACUGGAAGGCCCUACCGUCGCCGCCGGCCGUCGCCGCGGCGAAGAAGCUCGACGGCUGGGUCGGCUGCGCGCUCGCGGCCGCGGACGCGUGCGCCGCCGCCGUCGCCGCCGCGACGGGCGCGGAGCCGCCGGCCGAGUGCGACGAGGCCGCCGCCGACGCCCUGGACACGGCGGCGAUCUGCUGCCGCCGGGCGCGCGGCGCGGCGCCGAAGCGCAAGAAGAAGAAGAAGGCGCCCGCGGGCGGCGGCGCCAAGGCGGGCGUCGACCUCAAGCGGCGCCACUCCGCGCGGCUCGCCAAGGACGAGAUCCUCGUGACCGUGCUGCGCGAGGACCUGGGCCCGGACCCCGGCUCGACGUCUUCGGCGGACUCGCCCUGGCUCGUGACCAUCUUCAAGCGCAAGGGCGGCGGCUUCGACCAGGGCGGGACAAGAGAGCGAAAUUCCCAACUUCAAAGGCUCCGAUCUCGGCCGUUUUCCACUCGCUUCGAGGCGCGCGCGUACCACCCGGGCACGUCCGUGGAGUGCUCGCUGCGCGUCGCCGACGAGGAGGCGCCGCGGGGCUGCGACCUGCGGACCUGGGCCACGGACGGCCUACCCUUCGCGCUCGACAUGUACCGCCGCGGCGGCUCGGAGCUGCCCCGGCUCCGCCUCGGCCCGCCGGGCGCCACGGGCAAGGGCAAGAAGACCAAGGGCGGCGCCAGGGGCGCCAAGCGGGGCAGCGCCGGCGGCGCCUACGCCGAGGCGAGCGACGCGGACCACGUGGAGCGCGCCAUCGCGGCCAUCUCCGCGGGGAAGGACGACGUCCGCGGGCUGCUCGCGCUGCUGCCCCAGGAGCUGUUGGACUACCUCGAGUCCGACGCCUUCGAGGAGGAGUGCUGGGCGCGCUACGACGCUUUGGACGCGGACGGCAACGGCACGCUGAGCGCCGACGAGCUCAUCCCCGUCGUCGCGGAGUUGGCGGGCGCGCGCGACGAGCUGUCGGUGUCCGUCGCGCGCUGCGAGACGCUCGUGCGCACCUUCGACCGCGGCGACAAGGGCGCCGUGGACCGCGCGGAGUUCGCGACGCUCUGCCGCUACGUCAUCACGGUCGCGUUCCUGCGGUCGCGCGAGGCCGCGCGCGUCGACUCGAUUCUGGGCGCGCUCCGCCACAAGGGCGACGUCGAGGCCAUCUUCGACAAGCUCCCCGAGGGUUUAAGGGCGGAGCUGACGUCCGACGCCUUCCGCCGCAAGUCGCUCGAGCUUUUUGAAGCUUUGGACGCGGACGGCGACGGCGUGCUCCAGUCGUCGGAGCUCCCGCCCUUGGUCGCGGAGCUGAGCGGCACGCACGCGUCGGCCAUCACGGCGGACCAGUGCGCGGAGCUCACGAAGCUCUACGCGACGGGCGAGGGCGGCAUCGACCGGGCCGACUUCGUGAACUUCGCGGCCUACGCGCGCAUCGUCGCCUAUUUGGAGAGUUUGAAGGACCAGCUCCGCGACGACGACGAGCGCCGCGUCGAGUCGCUGCUGAACAUGCUGCGCGCGGGCAAGGAGAACCUGGACGCCGUGCUGGACGCCCUGCCCGGCGACUUCGCGGCCUACGUGACGUCCAACGAGUUCCUGGACGCCUGCAUGGACCGCUUCGACGCGCUCGACGCGGACGGCAACGGGUCGCUGUCGCCGGACGAGCUCUGGCCCGUCGUCGUCGACAUGUCCGGGGCCAACGACCUGACGAACAUCACGCUGGACAUGUGCGAGCGGCUGAGCCAGCUCUUCGACGAGGACGGCGACGGGACCAUCGACCGCGGCGAGUUCGUGCUCUUCAGGGCAGCACAAGAGAGCGAAAUUCCCAACUUCAAAGGCUCCGAUCUCGGCCAUUUUCCACUCGUGCUCUUCAGCCAGUUCGUCAUGGCCGUCGACUUCCUCGAGACCGAGGCGAACCGGGCCGACGACACCGAGGCCGUCGAGGAUCUUUUGGCGAAGCUCAAGGAGGGCCAGCGCUACCUCGCCGACGUUGUGGACGCGCUGCCGGACCAGCUGACGGGCUACCUCACGUCCGACGACUUCGUGGACCGGUGCAUGGCCGACUUCGACGCGCUCGACGCCGACGGCAACGGGUGCCUGACGCCCGACGAGCUCUGGCCCGUCAUCGUGAAUUUGGCGCAGACGCCCGACGACGUGAACAUCACCAUGGACCAGUGCGAGGACCUGAGCCGGACCUUCGACGCGAACGGCGACGGCGUCAUCGACCGGGGCGAGUUCGUCGCGUUCUCCCAGUUCGUCAUGGCCAUGGACUACCUCGAGAACGAGGCCAACGCCGCCGAGGACACGAUGCGCAUCGAGGACCUGCUCGCGAAGCUCCGCGAGGGCCAGAAGUACCUCGGCGAGGUCGUCGCGUCGCUGCCCGACCAGCUCACGGAGUACCUGACGGGCGACGACUUCAUCGAGCGGUGCAUGGCGGAGUUCGACGCGCUGGACGCCGACGGCAACGGGUGCCUCACGCCCGACGAGCUCUGGCCUUUGAUCGUGUCGCUCGCGCAGACGCCCGACGACGUCAACAUCACCAUGGAGCACUGCGAGGCGCUGAGCCGCACCUUCGACGCGAACGGCGACGGCGUCAUCGACCGGGGGGAGUUCGUCGCGUUCUCCCAGUUCGUCAUGGCCAUGAACUACCUCGAGGACCAGCGGAACGCGGCGGCCGAGGACGACGACUUCCGCGUGGACGCGCUGCUGGCCCGGCUCCGCGAGGGCAAGGAGCACCUCGACGAGGUCAUCCGGGCCAUGCCCGAGGACCUCGUGGCCUACCUGACGUCGACGGAGUUCGUCAACGGCUGCAUGGCGCGCUUCGGGGAGCUCGACGCGGACGGCAACGGGCGCCUGACGCCCGACGAGCUCUGGCCGAUUCUGGUGUCCCUCGCGGGGACGCGCGACGAGUUCUCCAUCACGAUGGACCACUGCGAGACGCUGGGCGCCUACUUCGACACGGACGGCGACGGGUCCAUCGACCGGGGCGAGUUCGUCGCGUUCUCGCAGUUCGUCAUGGCCAUGAACUACCUCGAGAUGGAGGCGGCGCAGCGGGCCCAGGCCGAGGAGCUCCGGCUCCGGGACGCGCGGGGCUUCGUCGCCUUCGUGCGGGAGCGCUGCGCGGACGUGCCCGCGCUGCUCUCGGACCUCCCGGAGGCGCUCGUGGGCUACCUCGGCAGCGACCAGUUCGCCGCCGAGGCCGCGGCCAAGUACGACGCCCUGGACGCCGACGGCAACGGCGCGCUGACGCCCGACGAGCUCGCGCCGCUGAUCGUGGACCUCGCGGCGAACGAGGCGAGCCUCCGGGACGUCGCCGUGAGCCUCGACGAGUGCCUCGAGUUCGCGGAUUUGUUCGACGGCGACGGCAAGGGCUACGUGACCCGCGGCGAGUUCGUCACGCUCUGCCAGUUCAGUUUCGGCGCCGCGUGGCUCAAGGGCGCGGAGGCCGCGCGCGUCGAAGAGACGCUGGCGACGCUCCGCGCGAACGCGCGCCGCGCGGACGAGCUGCUGCCCAAGCUCCCCGCGGAGGUGUCGGCCUACCUCACGUCCGACGCCUUCCGGGCCAAGUGCGACGCCGAGUUCGGCAAGCUCGACGCGGACGGCAACGGCGCGCUGUCGCCGGACGAGCUCUGGCCGUCCAUCAUGGAGCUCGCGGGUCUGAGAGAUGAUCUCGUGGUGGAGCCGGAGCACUGCGAGGACCUCGCGCGCAUGUUCGACGCCGACGGCAACGGCGUGCUGGACCGCCGCGAGUUCUGCGACUUCGCGAUCUUCGUCUUCGCGGUCAAGUACCUCGAGCAGCUCAAGGCCCAGCUCGACGCGGCGCUCGACGGCUCGAGCGCCGUGCGCAUGAUCGACGCGGGGAAGCCGCGCAAUCUGUACGCCGACAAGCGCCGCGUGUCCGCGCUGCUGUCGACCGUCGAGACGAACCUCGCGAACAUCGGCUCGGUGAUCGCGGAGCUCCCGGCGGAUUUGGUGGACUUUCUGUACGCGCCGUCGUUCAAGGAGGACGCCGAGGCCCAGUUCGACGCGCUCGACGCCGACGGGGCGGGCUUCCUGAAGCCGGACCAGCUCGCGCCCGUGAUCGUGGCUUUGGCCCAGUCGCGCGACGAUUUGGCCGUGGAGCCGCACCACUGCGAGCGGCUCUGCGCGAACUUCGCGACGACGAAGCCGGGGCUGGUCACCAAAGCGGAGUUCAUCGGCAUGUCCCAGUUCAUCCUCGCGACGACGUACCUCUACGUCGCGGAAUCCGCGCGCGUCGACGGCCUCCUCGACUCGCUCAAGGCGGGCAAGGGCGCGCUGGAGACGCUCAUCCAGACGCUCCCCGAGGACUUGAUGGACCGGCUGAGCGCCCAGGCCUUUGUGGAGGACUGCGACCUGCGCUUCGCGGCGCUCGACGCGGACGGCAACGGCACGCUGGACGCGAAGGAGUUGUUGCCCCUCGUCGUCGAGCUCACGCAGGCGCACCACGCCGUGUCCGUGACGCCGGACCACUGCGAGGCCCUCGUGGCCAUCUUCGACACGGACGGCAACGGCGUCAUCGACAAGAAGGAGUUCGUCGAGUUCACGCAGUACGUCGUCAUCCACGCGCACGCGACGGCGACGCGGAACGACCUCGCGGCGACCUUCGACGACGCGGCCUUCGACGCGGCCGUCGACAUCGUCGGCACCCACGACGUCGUGUCCAGCGACGAGUAGCGAGGUUGCGCGUAAGGGCUCUUGCUUGG